AUCAAAUUGAAACGCUCGAUAUAGACUGUUUUACUGUUUACGAGGGCACGUUAUACAGGCACAUCUGGUGACAGCAUCACAUGCAACGGACAACGAGGGAAGCUUUAUAGAUUAUUACAAUAAUUAAAAUGGCAAGCAGAUAUAUUUUAAAAUAUGUUCAGCCGAAGAGUAUUGUACCAAUUCGUUUCGGUUCAACUCUCUCAGGCUUUGAAUUACAACAUAAAACUCCAACUAUCAAAAAAUCUAUGCCAAUUCCAAAAGCACAGUAUGGAGGACGGCACACUGUCACCCUACUGCCAGGUGCUGGAAUUGGUCCAGAACUAAUGGGUUAUGUAAAAGAGAUUUUCAAAUAUGCCGGUGUGCCUGUAGACUUUGAAGAAAUAGAUAUUGAUCCAAAUUCUGAAAGUAGUGAUGAUUUGGAGUAUGCUAUUACAUCUAUUCGUAGGAAUGGUGUUGCCUUGAAAGGUAACAUUGAAACAAGAAGCAAAGAAAUUGGAGUUAUGUCUCGCAAUGUAGCUCUACGUAAUCAUCUAGACCUAUAUGUCAAUGCCUUGCAUGCUGUAUCUUAUCCAGCUAUACUUUCUCGUCAGAAACACAUUGAUAUCGUUAUUAUCAGGCAAAAUACUGAGGGAGAAUAUGCUAUGUUGGAACAUGAAAGUGUCAGUGGAGUAGUUGAAAGUAUGAAAGUAAUAACACAAUCAAACUCUGAGAGAGUUGCACGUUAUGCAUUUGAAUAUGCAAGAAGAAAUAAUAGGAAGAAGAUUACAACAAUCCACAAAGCAAACAUCAUGAAAUUAUCAGAUGGACUUUUCUUAGAAACUUCCAGAAGAGUUGCUAAGGAAUAUCCAGAUAUAACUCUUAAUGACAUGAUUAUUGACAAUACAUGCAUGCAAUUGGUUGCCAACCCCCAUCAAUUUGAUAUUAUGUUAACAACAAACUUAUAUGGUGCCAUAGUGUCCAAUGUAGUUUGUGGCCUGCUUGGUGGUGCAGGCCUUUUGGCUGGUAAAAAUUAUGGUGAUCAUUACACAGUUUUUGAACCAGCAACAAGAAACACAGGUGCAAAUAUAGCAGGGAAAAAUAUUGCUAAUCCUAUAGCUAUGCUCAAUGGUGCAGUUGAUAUGUUACGACAUCUGGGACACAAAAAACAUGCCACGAUUAUUCAAAAUGCCAUUAUGAAGACUAUUAGUGAUGGUAUUCAAACCAAAGAUUUAGGGGGAACUUCUACAAGUAGAGAAGUGAUAGACAACAUUUUAAGAUGCAUCAAAGCAGAAAUGUAUUAGGCAAUUAAAGGACAGAAAAACUGUAGUUCAAUAACAACAUUUUAAUUACAUUGCAAAAAAUACUUGUCUUCUACAUAUGCGAAUAUUAUCUCAGCAUACAUUUUCAAAUUUUGUUAGUGAAGCAUACAUUUUAAAUAUAACACAAGCUCACUGUUCAACAAAUAAAAUUAAUUUUACAGAUAUUGAAACAAAUCUUUUGCUGAGAUUAUAUGAGGGCAAGUGGUUCUUUGUAAUGUGCCUAUAAUACAUACUAAAUUAAUAUAUAUGAAUCAUUUUAAAGCUCAAUUUGAGUUUUAAAAAUGUCUAGUAUGUAAUAUGUGAGAUUUGAGUUCCAAGCCAAAUUUUAAAUCACGUAUUAAAGUAAUAAGAAAAAACUAUGCAAUAAAAACUAUUAUAAACUGUCAUGAUGUCAUCAUGACAAUUUCAUAAACACAGGCAUAAAUCUGAGCUAUCAAAUUAUUCAUCUACUUUUCAAAACCAUUGAAUCACACAUUUAAAUCAAUUUCAAACACUGAAUUUAAUAGCUUUGUCAAAUAUGUAAAUAAUGUAAGUAUUUCUGUUAAUGUUGUGUAACUUAUUCACAAUCACGAUGUUCUAACACAAAUAUUAGAAUACUUUAUUACUUACAGGACGUUGAACAUCUUGAAUGUUACACUAACAUUGAAAAUAAACUAGGUUAA